GAUCAAGAUGCCCGGCUGUAUAUAUAAAGGCAGGGAAGGAGCUCCAGUCCAAACCCUACCAGCAGACCUUCUUCAGUGCGGACGUACUUCUUCUCGGUCAUCGCAGGACACACAAAAACAACCAUGAUCAAGAUUUUCCUCCUUCUGCUUCUGCUUGUCGGAACAAACAGUCAAGUGACUGACGAUAUCCCUGAUGGCGGCGGUGAUGACGGCGGUGAUGGCGGCGGUGACGAAGGGGGUGAUGGCGGCGGUGACGAAGGGGGUGAUGGCGGCGGUGACGAAGGGGGUGAUGGCGGCGGUGACGAAGGGGGUGAUGGCGGCGGUGACGAAGGGGGUGAUGGCGGCGGUGACGAAGGGGGUGAUGGCGGCGGUGACGAAGGGGGUGAUGGCGGCGGUGACGAAGGGGGUGAUGGCGGCGGUGACGAAGGGGGUGAUGGCGGCGGUGAUGGCGGCGGUGACGCUCCAUUAAUCCCCAUCGGUUUUGUCUUGCCCGAAGGCAUUGAACUUUGCAUCAGGAUUCCCGAAUCUGCGGAUCCCAACAGCCACAUUACCUUCAAGGUUAUUGACGGCGUGGUCAAAUUAAAGGUGUCCACCACCCAUUAAACCGCUAAACUCUUAACAGUUUAGAAAGCGCUCAGCAGUUUAUCGGAAUUAGAACUGCGGCGAUAUUAGUUUGACAUUUACUUCUGAGAUCAUGUUCCUGUUCUGUUGAUGACCCCCCCCCGGGGGCGGGUGUGGUUACGGGUGAUGUGUAGCGGUAUAGCUCGGUUGGUCGAGUGGCAAUGCCGGCAACUCGAGGGUUCCAGGUUCGAUCCCCACUCCCGCCAUCCUAGCCACUGCCGUUGUGUCCUUGGACGAAGACACUUUACCCACCUGCUCCCGCUGACACCCCACACUGCUUCAAAUGUAACUUAGAUAUCGGGUUUCACCAUGUAGAAGCGCUUUGAGUCACUAGAGAAAAGCGCUACAUAAAUAUAAUUCACAAUUCACUGUCACGCAUGAUUGAAAAUCAUGAGGUCUUUGUGCUCUCUGUUACUUGUCAGUUUUUCUUGUCAUCAAUCAAACAAUAAAAUGACCUAAUCAAACUUGA